AUGGAUGGGAUUCAGAACAUUUUUAAAUUCCUCACUAAUCAGAAAAAUGUGAUUGGGUACAGCUUUAUGGCUUUGCUGACUCUAGGAGGUGAACGGCUCUUCUCAGUUGUUGCUUUCAGAUGUCCAUGUAGCACUGAAAACUUGGCCUAUGGAUUGGUCUUUCUCCUUGCCCCAGCCUGGGUGUUACUGAUCAUUGGGUACUUUUUGAAUAGCAGGAUGUGGAGACUCUUUACAGGCUGCUGUGUGAACCCUAGAAAAAUCUUCCCCAAGGGGAAUAGCUGCCAUUUCUUUUAUGUCUUUGGUCAGAUCACUUUAAAUGCCCUGGUGGCCCCUAUGAUGUGGCUUUCUGUGGCCUUGCUUAAUGGGACCUUUUAUGAAUGUGCCAUGAGUGGCACUCAGAAUCCACAUCUCUUGAAGAUGAUUUGCAAGGACAAACCCUCUGUGUGCUGGGAAGAGCUGCACAAAGUAGCUUGUGGCAAAACAAGCAUGUCCUCUAUGGACACCCAGGAACUGAAGCUAACUCUACAAGCACAAUCUCAGAUCCUAGGGUGGUGUGUGGUUUCCAUGGCUGCCUUCUUCUCUCUCCUCACCACCUGCUACGUCAGAUGCCGAUCUAAGAUCAGCCACCUUCAGAUGAAGUUCUGGAAGACCUAUGCAGACCAGGAGAAGGAGCAGUUUGAGAAAACUUUCCAGCAGUAUGCAGCCAGGUUGAGUGAGAGGAACUUAAAGUGUUUUUUUGAGAACAAAAAGCCAGAUGCUUUCCCCAUGCCAACCUUUGAAGCCUGGGAGGCUGCCUCAGAGCUGUACUCCUUCAAUCGAACUCAGCAACACUAUAGCACCCUCCACCGUGUGGUGGAAGAUGGGCAGGGAACCAUUGGUGAAGAAACAGAGACAGCUUUGGACUUUGUGGACAACCGGGAUAUUAUCUAGCAUUCAGAAAAGCAUCAUUUCCACCCUCUUUGUAUUUUUACAAAUGUUCUGUGUCUUACAUUUGGGGGAAUCUCCACAUUUUGUUAACUGAAAAAAGCUUUUCAGAGGCAGUGUGUUAUAAUGAUCAGAGCGGCAUAGAGAUUAGCUGGUCUUGGAGUUAGAAAGAUCUGGGUUGAACUCCUUCCUCCAAUUUGCACCAAACUGGCCUAUUUGUUGUCCUGCAUGCAUUUCAUCCCAUCUCCUAUCUCAGUACAGGCUGUUCCUCGUGCCUGGAAUGUACUCCUUCCCCACUGCCAGGUCUUGGAAUCUCAAAGCUCAGCUCAAAUGCCACCUUUUCCAGGAGGCCUUAAUGCUUGUGCUUUCCAUCCUCCCAAAAUUACCUUGUUUUUACUUUGUAUGUAUUUUGUAUUUGCUUUUAUGUGUAUACUUCUCCCUAGCUCUGUGAGAGCAGGGACUAUUUUAUUUUUGUCUUUUUAUGUUCCUAGACCCUAGCAGAGUGCCUAGCACAUAAAUAAUCGGCAUGGAAUAAAUACAUGCUAAUGGA